CCGAAUACACAAGGCAAGGGUCUUCAAACGGUGCGUGCUUGUUCUGUCGUUGAAGGCAGAGCUUGUUUGGUCACGCAGAAGGGUUGCGAUGAGCUAAGGCCCAUUUUAGUUGUGGUUGUCAGAUGGUCCUCCAUAUGAGGAAGAGUGUUAAAUUUGUUGUGUUCAGAUUCCUAUAUGGUUGGGUUUGAUUGAAAAGGUAAAUUACUUCAAAUGGUUCAGCAAACAGUAGAUUCAAAAUACAAUGAACAUGGGCUGGGCAAUACUGAAACGGACUUGCCUACUCGUGACAAGCAACUGCCUGUUGGCAUAAAGAAGCCAGUGCUGAGGGAUUUGCAAAAUGAUAAUAGAAUCACAGUGCCCAACUCUAUCGAGAAUUCUUCUUUAUUAAAGGACAGAGGACCUGUUCACAAUUCUGUUAAAUUUUCUGGCUCCAAGAGAUCCUCAUCUGAGUGUGCAGAGAUCCCGUCCCAACAGCAAUCUCCAAACAGUAAUGCUGCUAAUGGGCAUCUUGUCUAUGUCCGUCGAAAAUCAGAAGUGGAAUUAGGCAAGAGCAGCACCUGUGAUAGCACAAGCAUUAGUGCUUAUUGUCCAAAUUCAAAGCAAUUUGUUAACCAGCAGGAAACAAAGGAGCCACAAGGUUCUUGCUUUCCUGCAUUUGCAUCUUUUCCAGUGGCAUCUUCAAUGAUCUCUUCAGGAAAACCUUCUGUUCCCCUUCCUCUUGGAAAAUCUGGUAUGAGGUUAGGAUCAGCAGAAACUAUUUAUCACCCCUUUACUUCUUCUGCCUCCUCUUUGGGUAAUCAAAAGGGACCCAAAAGUCUACACUGGGAAGAGCGAUAUCGUCAGUUGCAGUUGAUGUUGAAGAAACUGGACCAAUCAGAUCAAGAUGAUUAUCUCCAGAUGCUGCGGUCACUCUCGUCCGUUGAAUUAAGCAGACAUGCAGUUGAGUUGGAAAAGAGAUCAAUUCAGCUUUCACUUGAGGAAGCGAAAGAGAUGCAGCGGGUAUGCAUGUUGGAUGUUAUUGGACUUUCCAUGAAGGUUGGUGUUAAAACGCCAGUGCCAACGACUCAUCAAGAUCGAGUAGAAAAGUCGCCAGCACCAUCAGCUCAUCAGGACCGUGUAGAAAAGUCACCAGUGCUGAUGAAUUGUCAAGAUCGUGUAGAAAAGUAAACUGCAGGAAGGAGGUGGAGAUGUAGUUUGGAUUAUGAGAUGGUGUUAAAAAGUAUAUAGUGUUAAAUGGAGCUAGCUUGUUUUUCUUGCUUCAUGGGUUGUAUCUGAUAUUUGAUUGUCAUGCUCAUGCUGUUAUUUCUGGUUUUGAACUGUAAUGUAAGCUUUUUUACUGUAUCUUCUGCAUUUUUUUUUAUGUUCUAAGGAAAGCUGCUGAAGAUAUGGAACUGUAGUUGUAGCUGUGACCGUUGAAUGAAAAAAAAUGGAAAACUUUGAAAACCAUGCAACGCUUUGUGUAACUUUGCAUCGCUUUA